AUGCCCUGGCGGCCACUCCCGCGGAUUGCCUUCGCAAUCUGCACAUUUCCCUUUCAACCCUCGUCCCCCGCCGACCUGCCUCUCGAGAUCGGCGACGAGCUGUACAUCAUAGAGCAAGGCGGCAAAGAUGGCUCCUGGUACCGCGGAUAUCUCGUCGCUCCGCCCUCGCUGCUCGCCGGCCUCACCUCGUCCAAGGGCCAGACCCUCGAAGCCCGCGUCUUCUCUGGAAUCUUCCCGCGAUGCUGCGUCGAGGUCCGCGAGGUUCUGGGAGAGGGCAAGCCGAGCGCCGAAGCCGACGACCGUCCCAAAGACUACUUCCAGGGACUGCUCAACGCCGAGGGUCAGGGGAGCGACUCCGAGCAGCUCGCGAACGGCGUCAUUACGCCCGACGAGAGCACGUCGACAAGCCCUGCGACGGGCAGAAACCAGCCUACUGUUACCAACAACCUCGGCCUGGCCCUGACACCAUCGGACAAGAAGCGCGAGAGUGUUCUGCUGCGCCACAAUUCGUCCAAAGCAAACGGAGAAUACUCGCCCGGCUUCUUCCUUCCCCUCUCGCCUGUCUCGGUGACGUCGAGAGAUCCUAACGCGCCCCGACCACCAGCCCCUGUGCCGAUGCUCAAGAUAGGAGACGAGACGCCGACAUCGCUGUCAGAGCCGCUGGUCGACGAAAUCGCAUCAUGCCUGCGCGAAUGGCAUUCGACAAAGCUCCACGAGCUUUUGUUGGCGAGACGUUAUGGAACGCUGGACAAAAUGACGACCUUGGUCCAGAAACUAGACUCGUCACGGAGGCAACUUUUGCACAAGGUUCUGACGAAAAAGGAGCUGGAAGCGGUGCGAGAAGCAACUGUCUGGGAUCUUGUCAGUGGCAACAAGACGCUGUCGGGGGAGGUCAUCGUACGGAGCCCAUCACAAAAGGGCCGGAUACUCACAUCGGAGGACUCGGCAAUCGAGGUUACCCGCCUGCAGUCCAUGAUGAGCUUGCUGGACGAACGGCCAGUGCAGGCCAUGGAUGAACACGUUCUGCACCACCUUGCAGUGACGCUACGUCACUUCUCCGGCGACAUCAAGCAUCCAACGACGCUCUGCAUGUCGCUCUGCGCCAAACUUCCUGGUGCAGCUGUAUUCCCCUUGUCUGAGGUGUUUUCGGUCGACUUGAACAGCCCCGAGGCUGUUGUCGCAGCUGUUGCUGAGGAAAAGAUCAAAUCUUUGUUCGUCGAUCUGAGCUCCCAUGAUCUCGGAGAGGGCGCAGGGGCCGGUACAAGCCUAUACCUGGUCAUCAAGAUCCUCACGAACGAAGCCGUUCGAACAUCCACCCCUACCCAGAGCGCUGCUACUAUCUCCCGCGAGACCACACAGAGCCCGGCGUCAGGCGGGCUUCAGCACUCUGCUAGUGUCAAAGGCGGUAGGCGCAGUUUGAUGUGGGGAACUAAGAGAAAGGAGUCCGACCCCGGCGAGAAACCUCCUGGAUUGAAAGCGGCAACCACCAGUGUAUCUAGGCCAUCUAGCGAAGGCCAAGGAUCAAACAGUCGCGCGACAACACCAAAGGAUGGGAAAACUGUGAAGAGAGCUAUCGCCAUUGGCGUAUUACACCUGGAAAACCUCGCAAAAGAUCCCCAAGAAAUUGAACAGGAAGUCACCAUGUGGACACCAAGCCAACCUUUGGAUGAGAUCGCGGAAGAGUAUGAUGCCUGGCCUGAAAUCAUCCCGGAGCUCAACCCGAGCGUGACUGGCCGGUACAAGCAAUAUCCCUUCAUGAACCGGUUGCAGAUCCACGUGAAGAGCUUUGCGCAUGCAGAUGCGGAGACUUUGAUCCAGAAAACACCGACGUUGCUCCACAAUGUCAACCAGAGCAAGAAGAUCGGAUUUUCUGGUGCGCCAACCAAGCCACGAAGCGAUAUCUACCUCACGUUGAGCGAACCAUUCCUACCCCGCAAUUGCUUCCUCUCACACCCGAGGAACGGAUCGGUCACGAUGAGCACGACGAGCAACAUGGCAAAUCUGCAGCUUACUCUUGAAGUUAGGAAGUCGACGGGCGAGAGGAUUGAGAAUUGCAUUUACCCAUCAGGCAAUGGUGCAGGACACACGGCCUGGAGGACUACUGCAGUCGAAAGGGGAGAGGCUUGGAACACCACGAUCCGUUUCGCAAUCGCCCCCGAAGAUGUCCCCGGAUCCCAUGUCGUAAUGAGCGUGGCAGAUGCACCAGGUUUUCCGUUCGCACUCUGCUGGAUGCCGUUAUGGAUGGAUGACGCUUUCGUGCGCGAUGGCGACCAUUCUUUGGCGCUGUACAAAUACGACGAGUAUACGUCCAGCAUGAUCUCUGGGCGUGGAGCUUACUUGGCUCUUCCGUGGAACGCUCAAAAGAAGGAUGAAGCCGGAUCUGCCAUAAUGGCUACCCUGAAAGUCAAGACUUACCUGUGUAGCACCAAGUAUUCCCAAGAUCCGUAUCUUCUCGAGCUCCUUAAGUGGAGAGAGCAGGACGACGCGGACGGCAUCACUGAUCUACUAAGGAGGUUCAUGUUCGUUCCGGAGAUCGAAAUCGUCAAGCUCCUGCCCGAGGUGCUGGACGCCCUCUUUGAAGUCCUUGUAGAAUAUGCCGGGACGGACGAGGUUGAGGAUCUUGUCUUCAACACCUUAGUCAUGGUUUUAGGCAUCGUCUACGACCGCCGAUUUAAUCUCGCCCCUCUCGUCGACCAGUACGCUCAAAACCGCUUCAACUAUCCCUUCGCUACCGCGUCUCUGAUCAGAAGCUUCAACCGUCUACUAUCGAAACCCACCAAUCCGGACAGCUCUCGAAAGCUUCGUGCCACAUUCAAGGUUGGAGCACACAUCUUCAAGUUCAUCAUGAAGGCUCGGCAACAACAGCAAGAGAAAGAGGCUGGUGGUGGCCUGAGCAACCGCCAGGAGAACUUCGUCAAUGAUAUGCAGAAGAUUUUCAAGUCAUUGGAAGAUCUAAUGUCCAAUUCAGCCGCAGCUCUUGUGGGCACCAAGACGCUUCUCGUACAACACAUCCAUCAGUGGCUUCCGGAGCUGACUCUAUGCCUUGAGCCAAAAGAAGUCCUUGAGCUUGCGAGCAGCUUUAUCGACUCCUGCUUCGAAGCCUCGGGCAAGCUCAUUCUCUACAAGCUGAUCCUCAUUCUCCAAUUCUCUAGGAUCGGGGCCUUCAAGGAUCCGGAGACUCGGCCGACCCUCCUUCAGAACACAGUCCGUUGGUUGGCGCCACACUGGGGAAAGACGGUGGCUGUCACUCCUCAGUGGAAGGACCAGGUACGGCUGUGCUGCUCAGUGGUGGCUUCGCAAAUCAAUGAGUUGGGUGCCGAAGCUGCAGAGUACAUACCCAAGCUCGUGGACUCGUACAUGGCGAUUUCAUCAACCCCGAGAUCCCAGAAGAACACUUUGUCGCUCCUUUUCCCGUCGACUUAUCCCUUCCCAUCCAAGCCCACGACGACCGAAGCCGAGUUUGAUGAGGCGUUGGUUGAAAUACUUGGAGUUCUCGCGGCUAUUACGAAUCUUCCCAUCAACAUCACCCCUGAUCUACCGAAGCCGGAGCUUGCCACAUUUUUGUUUGAUACUUUGCAGGUUUAUCUCUCGUUUUUGGAUGGCGAAGCGUUUCCAAGUUCUUGGCUAAGUGUGAACAUCUAUCAUCAUCGAGCCACGAUGAAAGCAUUGGAAAAGCUGUGCAGUAUCUUAGUCGACUCGUUCCUUCCCGAUCCCGACGAGGCGGAUGAUUUCAAUACCGACCUGUGGCGGUCGUUCUUCGAUGCACUGCUAAAGCUUGUGGGCAGCGACGCUCUCGCUCUAGAGACCUUCCCCGAGCAAAAGCGCCGCGCCGUCUGGAAGAUCGCUGGAGAUGUCCGUGAGUUAGGCGCGGAGCUUCUGCGAAGGAGUUGGGAGACCAUUGGCUGGGAGACAGCACCCGAGGAGCGUAAAGCUUAUGGCCUCGAGAAGAUGGGGGGUUAUCAGGUGCAAUACGUCCCUGGAUUGGUUGCGCCCAUUGUUGAGCUCUGUCUGAGCGUCCAUCAAGGCCUGCGCAGCGUUGCAAUCCAGGUCUUGCAGACUAUGAUCAUCAGCGAAUGGACCCUUUCCUCCGACCUGGCCCUGAUACAGGCAGAGAUGAUUGAUUGCCUCGACCAUCUCUUCAAGUCCAAGGAAACCACCGAAAGCAUCCUCCAGAAGCUGUUCAUCAGCGAGCUCAUCGACCUCUUCGAGCCUCUUGCCGAGGAUCCGGACGACCCCCUCUUCAACGCUGUCAAGGACCUGAUUGGCACUAUCGAUGAACUUUUGGACCUUUUGGUUGCUGUUCAUGGCAGGGAAAACUCCGGCGAAAUCUUCCAUAUCAUGGAUACGCUUCAUCUCAUGGAGUUCCUCAAAGACAUGCAGAAGGAGGACAUCUACAUCAGAUAUGUGCACCAGCUCGCUGAAAUUCAAGCCGAUGCGGGUAACCACACAGAAGCUGGUCUCGCGCUUCGUCUCCACGCUGAACUCUACGAGUGGGAUGCGAACAUGACAGUCCCUGCUCUGGAACACCCGACAUUCUUCUCGCAAUCAGCAUUCGAGAGGAAGGAGCAACUGUACUUCGAGAUGAUCAAGCAUUACGAAGAGGGCAUGUCGUGGAACAACGCCCUCCAAGCUUACCAAGAACUUGCCACUCAGUACGAAAACAACGUGUUCGACUUCUCGAAGCUUGCACGGACGCAACGUGCUAUGGCCACUGUCUAUGAGAGCAUCAAUAAGGGCGAGCGCCAGAUCCCACGCUACUUCCGAGUCGUCUAUAAGGGCAUGGGUUUCCCUGUCUCUUUGAGGGACAAGCAGUUCAUAUUCGAGGGCUCACCAACGGACAGCCGUGCCACUUUCACUGAUCGCUUGCAGCAGCAGCAUCCCUCUGCACAGGUUUCAACGGGCUCAAACGAGGAGGAUGUCGAAGGUCAAUAUCUGCAGAUCUAUUCUGUCAGCGCGCAGAAAGAUUUGACGCAUCCGAUUUACCAGCGCCCGAAGGUUGGCCAAGCGAUCCGCGAGCAUUACGUUCUCUCGCGGCCAAGCAGGUUCUCUACAACCUCCAGACGCCACGUGAGCGAUACGAGCCUCAAAGAGCAGACGAUUCGCAAGACGAUCUACACAACUGCCGAGCCGUUCCCCACUAUUCUCCGGAGGAGUGAGAUCAUCUCCGUCGAGCAACUCGACCUCAGCCCCGUCCAGAGUGCUCUUGAGCGGACGCUCAGGAAGACGGCCGAACUGGCUUCGCUAGAGAGACGAGUCACUGGUGGAGAAGACUCUGCUCUGCAGCAACUCACCGAGGCUCUGAUGCUCUCGGUAGAUUCGAACUCUCCGGCAACAGUGGCAAGGUAUCGCGAGCUCCUCCCUCAACAGCCAGAGCAGGCUGAGUCUGUCAUCGAUGAGGAGGAAGAGCCCGAGCCAGUUCAACUGAGCCAAAUGGAGAACGCUCUCAAGGUUGCUCUCAUGGACCAUGCUUUGACGGUGAAGCGCUGCUUGGCAGCAUACACGAGGCCUGCCCAGCAAGCCACAGCGGCUGACCUUUCAUCACGCUUCGAGACAACCUAUGGCUACGAACUGGAGGCAUUGUUCGCCAGUGGCCAUUCGCCAUUCGCGAACUCGCAGACGUCGUCUUGGAUCAACUCGCAAUCGCGCGCUGCAUCGACAACUCCCACGCCUCAACAGCCACAACUCCUGAAGCAGAGCACAGCGAUGCCUUCCUCUGAUUCCCGUGCCACACGCCAAGAGAAGAAUCGUCUCAGCCUCACUUUCCUCAAACGCAGCUCGACGUCGCAGCCUUUCAUGGAGGGCAGGAAGUUGUAUGUGGUGAACGGCGAUGAUGCGGACGAUGACGAGGACAGAGCGCCGUCGCGCAGCCGAAGCAAGGACUAUGGCCAAGGUGGGCUCAGCCAUCGAUUGAGUUUUCUCCAUGGAACCACGACCAAUGACUCGAGCGCGGGAGCCAGCCAGCGGAGCAUGAGCAUCGAGAGGCCAAAGACCAGCCGCAGCGAGUCGUCCCAAAGCCAGAGCAUCAGCGAUCGCAUGACGGGCAACGUCAAGAAGAGAUUCUCGAUGCUGAACAUCGGCAAGAAAGCAAGCAAGAACUUCAAGCUUGGCGAGAGUGUGGCUGAGGAGUGA